AUAACUUGAGAAAGUGCAAGUUAUAACGAUGCGAAAAGCAAGGAGCCGGACGAAAUGACCUUAUUGCCUCUAUGAGCAUUUGUUGUGGUCCCGGGGAGUGUAACCCGGCUGGAAACGGACAGAAAGGGGCCGGGGGGAGGAGCAGCCGAAUCCUGCGCAGGGGAAAAGUAGUGCCUGCCGCGCGCGUCCUUGGAUCGACGAAGGACUUUGUUUCUAGCACGAAGAUCGAGCCUUGAUUUUAGGGCCAUGCUUUGUGGAAACAUGCUGGGAUUGCUGGCAAAAACGAUGGCUCUGCCGGUCGUUGCGAGGUCCGGCCGGCUGCUGAAGCCGGUGCUGGCGGCGCGGGUUCCGGGCCGCUGCCUGCUCCGCCAGGAGGUCCUGCCCAAACUGCCGGUGCCGCCGCUGCAGCAGACGUGCGAGCGCUACCUGGCCGUGCUGGAGCCCAUCGUUAGCGAGGAGGAGCUGCAGCACACGCGCCAGCUGGUGGAGGAGUUUGCGCGGGCGGGCGGCGUCGGGGAGCGGCUGCAGAAGGGGCUGGAGCGCAGGGCGCGCAAGACGGACAACUGGUUGUCUGAGUGGUGGCUGCAGACGGCCUAUCUGGAGUUCCGCAUGCCUGUGGCGGUCUACUCCAGCCCAGGGGUGGUCCUGCCCCGUCAAGAAUUCCAGGAUCGUCAGGGACAGAUGAGAUACGCUGCUAAAUUGAUCGCAGGGGUGCUGGACUUCAAAUCCAUGAUUGACAGUGACACCCUCCCCUUGGAGUCCCUGGGGGGGAAGUCGCUCUGCAUGAACCAGUACUACCACGUGCUCUCGUCCUGCCGCGUCCCCGGCACCAAGCGGGACAGUGUGGUCAACUACUCCACUAGCAAAACCCCGCCCACGCAUGUCACCGUGGUGCACAACUUCCAGUUCUUUACUUUGGAUGUAUAUAACAGCGAUGGUUCUCCGCUGACCGUGGACCAGAUCUACAUGCAGCUGGAGAAGAUCUGGAACUCCUCCCUGCAGACCAACAAGGAACCUGUGGGCAUCCUCACCUCGCAGCACCGCAACACCUGGGGCAAGGCCUACGCCAGCCUCAUCAAGGACAAGACCAACAAGGAGUCCGUAAGGGCGAUCCAGAAGAGCAUCUUCACGGUGUGCCUGGAUGCGCCCAUGCCGCGCGUGUCCGACGAGCUCUACCGCAGCCGCGUGGCCAUGCAGAUGCUGCACGGCGGGGGCAGUCGCUGGAACAGUGGCAACCGCUGGUUUGACAAGACCCUGCAGUUUAUAAUUGGAGAAGACGGGUCAUGUGGUCUGAUCUAUGAGCACGCCGCUGCAGAAGGGCCGCCCAUCAUGUCCCUGGUGGACCAUGUGGUUAAUUACACGAAAAAGUCAGAGAUGGUCCGCUCCCCCAUGAUUCCGCUGCCUAUGCCGCAGAAACUGCGCUUCAACAUCACGCCGGAGAUCAAGAAGGACAUCGAGAAAGCCAAGCAGAACAUGAACAUAAUGGUGCAUGAUCUGGACAUGAAGGCCAUCAUGUUUUCUCACUUUGGGAAAAAUGUCCCCAAGUUACAUAAGAUGAGUCCCGACGCCUUCAUCCAGAUGGCGCUACAGCUCGCCUACUUCAGGAUGUACCACAUCUGCUGCUCCACCUACGAGAGCGCGUCGCUGCGCAUGUACAGGUUGGGCCGCACCGACACCAUCCGCUCCACCUCCAUAGACUCGCUGCGGUUUGUGCAGGCCAUGGACGACCCCUCCAAGUCGGUCAGUCGCGUAUGGUGUCUCUGCAGGGACACUAAUCACGAGUAUUCUCUGUAUUUAUAUUUUGACUUUCUGUCCCACUACCUUCACCGUGCACAGAAUACAGAGAAGGUGGAGAUGCUGGAGAAGGCUGUACGCGCCCACCGGUUGUACACGGACAUGGCCAUCCACGGUCAGGCGAUCGACAGGCACCUGUUGGGACUGAAACUCCAGGCCAUCGAGGAUCUGACCUCCAUGCCGGAGAUGUUCAUGGACACUGCCUACGCCGUGGCUCUGCACUACAACCUCUCCACCAGCCAGGUCCCAGCAAAGACGGACUGCGUGAUGUGCUUUGGCCCCAUGGUCCCCGAUGGCUACGGCGUCUGCUACAACCCCAUGGAAGAGCACAUCAACUUCUCGGUGUCGGCCUUCAACAGCUGCGCAGAGACCAACGCUAACAAGCUGGCGAGCGGCUUAGAGGAGGCACUGCUGGACAUGAGGGACUUGCUGGAGCAGACAACCAAGGCCAAACUCUGAGGGCCGGCUUGUGGGACCUGCUCCUUUGGGCUCCUCCAUCAUCCCAGCAGGCACCUGACAGCAGGGUAGAAGUGGGGCGGAUCUUACCGGCGUGCCGCUUUCCUUCCUGCUUUACCUACUUCAGCUGAACAUUUACAAAACACAGCCAUUUUACUAAGCAUGUUCAGGAACCAGCAGCCGCUCUCAUCCCGAUUGCUUGAACCUGCAAUCAUUCACUCAGUCCUUAACCACCAUGCCACCUGCUGGCCAAAGCUGUGUAUUUCUUUGUGUGUAGUCAUUGGGAGGUCACCGAGAUGUUCCUAUGUUUCCUCCAGUUUAGAUAGUUAGAAGUCAAUUUUUUGUGUUUUUUUUCUUUUUCCCCGAAAGGUUAACAUAUGAAACCAAAUUAAAGUAAAAACAGAAGAUGAAAUGUGAUGUUUCGCUCAGGAAUAUACGUGUGGUUCGAGCAUAGGUGUUUGUAUAUUGAUUUUUAUUAUUAAGAUCAAUAGCCCCUGUAAAUAUCGCGUUUGCACAUUUCAUUUACGUAUAGUAUUUUAUCACUUUAGAAGUUUGUUAAGCAGAUUUAGAACCAUAAAGUCUGUGGAUAUGUAAGAAUGUCAUUGACAUUAAAUAAAUAUGUAUAAUUACACAGGGAUUGCCCUGUACAAUCAGCAGUAGUGUUACACAUUUCUCUGGGGUUCAAUUUUUGUUGCAUAUUUAAAAUCAAAAUUACAUUUUCAUGCAGAAAUACAUGAUUGCUUAUGUCUGUAGCCUCAAAAUGUGGUUUAUAGGAGCUAUUAGGAUGUAUACAAAUCAUGUUUUAAUUUUAUCUGACCCAUCUCUAAACAGGUUGGUGGUUUGUUGGUUGAAAAUUCAGUGUUUACUUGUCCCUGUUUAUACAUUUUGUGUAACAAUAACUAGCUAGUUAACUAUUAGCUGUCUAGAAAGAGUUCACAUCUGUCUAUUUUAUAGUGAAAAUGGGUGGCAGAUUUUGUGGAGAGAUUCAAUAAAAUAAGUUUCAAGAA